UGCAGCAGCGCGCGCCAUCGCCGGGGUGGCAGCAGGAACAAGCCGUGGCGGGGUGGUCUCUUUCCUCCUGUCUUCUGCGGCGCCGCCCCUCCCGGUUCCUGGAACUCCAAUUGGGGGAAGGAGCGCGUGCCUACUGCCGCCGCUGCUUCCCUGCUGUUCGCUCGCUCGGGUGCGCGGAUGCCGGCGCGCUCCUCCUCCUUCUCCAAGACAAGCCCCGCACGCGGACGGACUGCUGCUCGCCUGCGCCCACCUCGCGCUCGGGUUUCCCCUCCUCUCGCGCGCGCCCUCGCACGCUGAGCCCGCUUUGAAUCCGCUGCUUUUCGUAGGCUUCCUGUGUGGGGCGGCUGGUGCUGCAGUCGCCUUUCGGUGCCCCCUCCCCCACAAGCCUCCCAAGUUUCCCCGUUCUCAAGCUUCCUUUUCUCUCCUGGCAAGAUUUCUUCAGCCUCACCAAAUCCUCCUCCUCCUCAUUAUUAUUGUCAUCACCACCACCACCACCACCACCAUCAUUCAUCUCUCUCUCUCUCUCUGUCUGUCUCUCUGGAAGCUCCUUUGAACGCCUCCUGGUACUCCCAAGCCUUUAGGUUUUGCAAAAUAGUUGCUCUCAAGAGGAAGAAAAUAUCCUACAUGAUGCAGUGGCUUCUCAUUUUCUUGAUAUGGUUUUCUGCAAGAUCAGCACUGGCUGACCCCAAUGAAGAUGAAGCAAAAAAUAACAUUACCAUCUUCACAAGAAUUCUAGACAGACUUCUGGAUGGUUAUGAUAAUCGUCUAAGACCUGGACUGGGAGAUAGUACAACUGAAGUUUUUACAAAUAUCUAUGUGACCAGUUUUGGACCAGUUUCAGAUACUGAUAUGGAGUACACAAUAGACGUUUUCUUCCGCCAAAAAUGGAAAGAUGAAAGACUAAAAUUCAAGGGUCCCAUGAACAUUCUCCGACUGAAUAAUUUAAUGGCCAGCAAAAUCUGGACUCCAGAUACAUUCUUUCAUAAUGGAAAGAAAUCAGUAGCUCACAAUAUGACUAUGCCAAACAAGCUACUAAGAAUCCAGGAUGAUGGUACUCUUUUAUAUACUAUGAGGCUUACAGUCCAGGCUGAAUGUCCAAUGCACUUAGAAGAUUUUCCUAUGGAUGCUCAUUCAUGCCCAUUGAAAUUUGGCAGCUAUGCAUAUACAACAGCAGAAGUAACCUACAAGUGGACGUUCAAUGCGUCAAAUUCAGUAGAAGUAGCUCCAGAUGGUUCAAGGUUGAAUCAGUAUGAUCUCUUAGGCCAAACAAUUGGACAGGAAACUGCCAAAUCCAGUACAGGUGAAUACACAGUGAUGACAGCUCAUUUUCAUUUGAAGAGGAAAAUUGGUUAUUUUGUGAUUCAGACAUAUCUUCCCUGCAUCAUGACAGUCAUUCUGUCUCAGGUGUCAUUCUGGUUGAACAGAGAAUCUGUUCCUGCAAGGACAGUUUUUGGAGUAACAACAGUGCUAACAAUGACAACACUAAGCAUCAGUGCUCGUAAUUCCCUGCCCAAAGUAGCUUAUGCCACAGCUAUGGAUUGGUUUAUUGCGGUUUGUUAUGCAUUUGUGUUCUCUGCCUUGAUAGAAUUUGCCACAGUAAAUUACUUCACAAAAAGAGGAUGGGCAUGGGAUGGAAAAAGCAUAGUCAAUGAUAAGAAAAAAGAAAAGGCCUCGGUCAUUAAGAAAAACAAUGCCUACGCAGUGGCUGUUGCCAAUUAUGGACCAAACAUCACGAAGGAUUCUGUUCUCCCCACCAUCUCCAAGAGUGCUACCACUACUUCAGAUCCCCACAAAGUCAAACCAGAAACCAAACCACAAGAAGCAAAGAAAACCUUUAACAGUGUUAGCAAAAUUGACAGAAUGUCCAGAAUAGUAUUUCCAGUUUUAUUUGGCACAUUCAACUUGGUAUAUUGGGCCACAUAUCUAAACAGGGAACCUGUCUUGCAUGGGUUUGCACCCUCACACUAAAACCUUAACUUUAUGCUGAGGGCAUGUAACAUCAUUAUGAUCAAGUUGUUUUCCUAUGUACAGUAUGACUAAUAACUGCUAAUCAGUAAACUAAUAUGUACAGGAUGUAUAUAGAUGUCAUGUUUGUUUAUCUCCAAAGGAGGUGCACAGAGUUUAGUCAUGGGAUCUGUAAGCAGAUGGCAUCCAUGGCAAAUAUAUUCUGCUCUCCUAUCUAUGUGAGUUCUCCUAAAUUUGGAUUUAACUAUGCUGAAUUAUAUCCAUACAACUCAUAUAUGGUCCUACAUAACUAUUUAGUAACGCUAUUUUUUUAAUUUAAAGUUUAAGAUAUUUUUCUAUGAGACAACUGAUUCUACUUAAUGCAAAGAAGCUAUCAUUUAAAAAGAGAAGGAUUUUUUUAAAAAAAGAGUAAUCUUAAUAAUUUCUUACAGUAUCAGUGCCCAUGUAAAUAUUAUAGAUAUGUGGUGAGCAUAAGUACUCUCUUGUUAGCAAUCAUUAAGAAUGCAAGUUAUGCAUAAAAGAUUCAGAAUGGCAGGGAUAAUAAUUUCCUUUAAACAAGUUUUGAAGUUGCUAAUUAUCGGCUUAUCCUAUGGUGUGACCAAUGGUCUGUUGAUAAACAAAAGGGUUGCACUUGGAGAUUCCUUCCAACUAAUACAAGGAAAUAAUUGAAUCCAUACCCAUUGCAGAAGAUGUUGACAACAUGCAGAAACACAAUGAGACAUAAAACUAUACAACUAAGCAUGUGUUGUUGGUUCAUGGUUAGUUAUAUUAAGUCAGUAAUUUGUUUUAGUUAUUUCCCUUCUUUAGUUAUUUCCCUUUCUCCAGUGCAUUGUGGAUUAAGUGACUUCUACUGAAUCAUGAUUUAAAAGCUGAAAUAGGCAAAUUGUGCAGAAAUUUAAAGAGAAGCAAUAUUGAUUAAUAAGACAACCUCCAUAUAUUCAAGUCACUGUGUUUUGUAGAUUGCUUCAUGUCAACACCUUUUUGUGGCUCUUUUGGUUCUGAGAUAUAUAGUUUAUUACAGACAAGAGAUAUUUUUAUACCAACUGGGACAUCAAAGUUGGAAGCCUAUGUUUUAAGUCGGCAGAGGCUUAAACAGGAUAGAAUUUAACCAGAGAAUUUAACCCAACAGGAAGACUUGUUUCUUCCCAGAGAAAUAUACUUGCUAUUAGAAAUAGAAAAAGCUAUUGAAAGGCUAUUGAAAGCUAUGCAGAUAGCUUCAGACAUCACUGCUGAAAUGCAUGGAUAUUUUUGAACAUUAACAUGAAGAUUUGCUGUUGCUUGGAAAGAGGUUCCUUGUCUGAUAAAUUUAAUGAUUUAACUUCCAAACAAAACUUCUCUCUUCCUGUCCUGUAGAAUUACUUUUUCUCUCCUUUCAUCCAUUUUUUUUCUGUUCCAUUCUGUUUUCAUUCCAUUUCUAUCCCUUUUCAUUUUAUUCUUGUUGUUUCAUGAAGGAAAGAGAGAGGAAUAUGCAUGUAUGUGGGUGUCUGUACCUAUUAUAUUUCUCUCUGUAACAAAGUUUAGAGUUUGAACAUGGUUGAUAUGUGCUGAUGGGAGUUCAUAUCGAUAAAUUUGGUACUUCAUUUUACAGGAAAUUGGUUUAAUCAGUAAGUAUUACUUCAGGUUUUUUUAAAUUUUAACCUGUCUGUACACUUUUUGGGAUGGGAGUAUUCCAACACACACACACACACACACACACACACAUUACCCUGUUUUCCCCAAAAUAAGACAUCCCCUGAUAACAAGCCCAAUCGGGCUUUUGAGUACAUGGCAAUAAGGCCAAGCGCUUAUUUCAGGGUUCAAAAAAUAUAAGACAGGGUCUAAUUUUGAGAAAACACGGUAUAUAUUGUACAAUCUGUGAUCUAUUGGGUAAUCAUUUCAGAGAAACAGAAUGACCAUCAGAAGGGGGGAAGCUCUGGGAGCAUGUCCAGCUUCCUGCUUGCUUUCCCAUUAACUUUCAUUGUAGAAAGCUGGCAGGGAGAAAUGAUGAUUGCAUAAUUCUGGCUGGUAAAUUAUAACUACUAAUUUUCAGUCUAACUGGGAUCCUGCAUGUUGGAUGCAUUAUUUAAGUUAGCUCAUUUGAGGUACAUUGCUUCAAAAUUGUUGUCCUGUGAUGUACCGCUUCACCCAAUUGAAGGUUACAAACAAUCAAACAGACACAAGAGUUUUAGCAGUCUAUAAAUAUAAACACAAACAGGAGAAACUGGCAUUGUAUGGUAUUUUUGUCUGCAUUUAUAAUAUACUGUAUUUUUCUAACUACCCUACAUUUGGGGGAGGGUCUUCUUAAACUCAUAUUUCAGGUAAAUAUGAUCCUUCAAAUAAGCCAUUCAGUAUUAAGGAUAUAGUAGUAGCAGUAAGGUAAGGUCAGUUUUCAUUUUAUUAUUUGAAAUGACUAGAAAAGUAUUUGUUUUCAAUUAUUACAUUUCUGAAUUUUUGAAAUGAGCAGCCUUAGAAAUCAUUUGCAUUGAUUGCUGCGCAUAUAACAAUUUGACACUAAUAGUAUCAAGUGACUUCACUAAUAAGCCUAAAACUGAAUCCAAAGGUUGGUGCCAAAGGAUGGAUACAAACAUUCACUUCCAUAUAAUGAAGUUAUCUUUUGCUCAUGGAAAAGCUAUUCUCAGUCUCUAGAGUAUUGCAUGAGAAAUGUGCAAUUCAAUCCAAAGAUGUUCUUCCAUUUAUGCAACCUCCUUCUGCAUGAUCUUGCUCAAGCAGAAGCAUAAAAGCUACCAUCACAUUAGUAAGUGCUUGAAGAAGUCUGUAGAUCAGCCUAAAUAAUCAUUUUCUUUCUGUAUACUUGUUCCUUGGAGUCUGUUCAAGACCAUGUUUUGUAGCCACAUAUAUAACAUUAGCCCAUUUAACUAUCCAAUAAUGAAAAAACUUCUGAGAUCUUUUUUAGAUUACUAUAAGAAGUUCCAGAAACUAAACAGAAAAAGAAACUUGAUCAGUCAAUAGGGCAUAAUCUCAUGGAUAAUUUGCUUGUCAUAAUGCCAUGAGAAGCAACGUUUUACAUUUUUACAUAUAAGUAUAUGACUUUAUCUAGAAGUAAGCUACAUAUAGUAGACAGUCACAAGGCAACUUUGAAUAUAAAAUCCACCUUGUGAAUUUCCAUUUUUAUAACUUUCAAAAGAGAUGCUAAGUACCUAGAAUAUACAAUACCUUCGGAUUCUGUUCAUGGAAUUAAACACAUUGGUAACAAAAAUUUUGUGCAUUUUUUUCCAAAGUAAAGUUUCCAUUCCAAAAGCCUUCCUUCAUACUAUUUGUUUUUCAAUGUUGGUUCCAUAAUGGUAGUUCAAUUAAUUCAUUUAUCAUAAAUUAUUAUUGCUGCUUUUGUAAAGUACAGUUUAUCUUUUCCUGACAGAAACGUAAAACAACUUUUUUAAAAAAAAUAGUUUUUCUAUGAAGUGGAUUAUUUUUUGUUUAGUUUAUAAAGAAAAAAUCUUUAAUGCUUCAUAAAUACUUAAAUACUUAUGAAAACAAAACUGAAGCCUGUAUUUACAAUUUUUGUAUUAUAUUUAAUAUGAUCCAUUAAUUUUAUUCUGAAGCUUGUCCCCAAAGCUCUUAUAAACAAUAUCAUCACUGAUAAUUAUUUAUAGUUUUAAAUUUUUCAAUAGAUUUGGUCAAUUAAGAGUAUUUGAUUCACAUACUGGUACAUAUUAGAAGCUAUUAGUUGAUUUUUAAGAAAAAAAUACACCAGAAUGAUGGUGUCUUUAUAGUAGAACUAUGUAGUUGUCUAGUGUUAUUUAUUGCAGUUUUGUACAGUACUUGAACAUAGUGCAUAAACUAGAUAUUGCAAAGUUUAACAAUACUGUAUAUUUUAAAGCAAAUUUAAAAUUAAUGCGUAGAAACUCAUGUAUAUGUGUGUUUGUAUGUAUGAGGUUAGAAUGCAGUGCUAGGAUUCCUAGUGCCAGGAAUUCGAUCUUGACCAGCUCAUGGUUGACUCAGCUUUCCAUCCUUACAAGAUCGGUUAAAAUGUGGACCCAGAUUGUUGGGGGCAAUAUGCUGACUCUGUAAAUCACUUAGAGAGUGCUGUAUAUCAAUAGCAAUAGUUUAUUGCUAGUGCUAGUGCAAAGUGCUAUUGCUAUGUCUGAAUGUAUGUGUAUAUAUGUGUAGAUAGAUAUACAUAUAAGUAUACAUAUACUGUACAUACAUACAUACAUACAUACACCUUCUAAUACCAGAUCUUCUAAUAUUUACAUUGCAAUCCUAUACAUUUCUACUAGAAGUAAGUUUGAUUGAAUUCAAUAGGGUUUGUUCCUAGGAACUUAAACAUAACAUUACCCUAAACUAAAGACAUUUCAUGUAAUAGGAAAAAGAACCAUAUUGGUCCAUAAUGUAUUUAUCCCCUCUAAUAAAUUGUCCUUUCUUAAUUAACAGUAGCUGAAAACAUAGUUUAUUUCAAACAUUAUUAUAGAAAAUCCUUGUUUUUAUAUCUGUUCAGUAAUAUUACUCAGAAACAAGUGCAACAGUGUGAUGAUAUUGUGAAGGUGAGCAAUAAAAAGUUCUCCAUGGUAGGGUUAUACAUAUUUUAAAAUGUUUUAUUGGCUCUCCAGUGGUACGCUAUCCAGGUACAAAUACAUGUAUAAGUAUGUAUAUAUGUAAAUCAAAUGUAAAUACCACAGUGAAGACAAUUGUAAUUUUAUUGUUUUAUUGUUUAUGGACAAAGGGCUGCAACAACAUAAUUCAUAGGCUAAGCCCAAGUCAUUGAUCUGAAUUCUUCUCUUCAAAUGUUACAGAUGUUUCAAAUGUUACAUCUGGGGUUAAUUCUCAAUCUGUGUUGUUCUUGGAAACCUGCAAACAAAUUGCUAGUAGUAGGAAAGGUAAAAUAACCACCCUUUAUUAUCAGUGACAUCCUUCUCUUUCGUGCUCCAGUGUUAAUUUUUUGUUAAAUUUUUUGAGGCAUUCUGAGUGUGAUGAAGUGUGAACCAAUGUUUUCAAAAGACCCAAUACAGUAUGAUUCAUCUGUUGCUUUGUCCUCACUGUCACUGGUAUAUGAAACCCGGUAGUGAAUCACAGGUCAUAAGAUCUUCCAAGUAUGUAAUUUUUAAGCAUUCACAAUCAGUCCAGGCUCUUCUGUCACAAACUGCUCUGUGUUUUUAUCUCUCAAUAAUUUCAUAGGAGAGGACAGUUCAUAGCACUGGACAAGAUUUGGUCUUUAAAGAAGGAGAAUAUGUUUCAUAACAUAUAUUUAUGAAUUUUAAGAUACGUGCCCACUGAUAUGGCUACACGUGCCACAUGUGGCACACGUGCCAUAGGUUCGCCAUCACGGGCCUAGGCAGACUCCUGAAAUGGUCACAUUAAGCUUUCAGGAGGACCUGAUGGUUUUACAACUCUACAGUAAAUUGGUACACCAGACAUGUAAAAUAUCUCCAGGUGCUUUGCGCAGCCCAACAAGACACAUAGUCAAAUUUUGUUUACUAAACCUUUUCCUAUGUUUGGUCCAGAAUUUCAAACACGUAUCAAAAAGAAAAAAUAUAAAUCCAUUUUAUCCAAACCUGAAUCAAAAAUAAAUACCUACGCCAUUUCAUAGUUAAUUGAAAUGAGCAUUUUUUUCAACAUUUCCAUUCCAUACUACUCAUUAUUCAGCAUUAACAGCAUUAAUGCCUAGUAAUCCAGGGUAUCAAUAUAUUGGUGCUGCAGUUUGAGCAUUUGAUUUAUUCCUUCAUACAAGGCAAACAAGUGCACUAUACAGUGGAUGCAACAGCUGUACCUGGAAGGAGUAGUUCAACAGUUACUGGAUUGAUGACCCAAGUGAUAGGGAAAUGUCUAAUGAAAUUUGGUCCUAGUUUCUUUGAUGGCUGUAAUGAUUUCAGGAAUUUUGUAGAUAAGUGUACUCUAUCUCCAACAUGGAAAGGUUUGGGUUCCAUCCUUUUCUUGUCAGCUUGAAUUUUAAAAGCCUCUCUAGCUUCCUUUAAGGCUAAGCUAACUACUGGCCAUGUGUUUUGCAAAGUAUCCAUCCACUCCUUAAGUGAGGGGAUAGUGGGUUCUUCUGUAGGUAGUUCAGGCAUGGGGCUGAAAUCCUGGCCUGUUGCUACUCUAAAAGGGGUAAAACCAGUACUCGUCCCCCUCCUUAAUUCUGAUACGGUAGUAAGCCUCCCAUAAGUGCAGCUUUGAAAAAAAUUUCCCUUUAGCAAGGUGUGCUAGCAUAUUUGUUUGUUUGUUUGUUUGUUUGUUUGUUACAACAGUAUAUAUAAGCAUAAGCAUGAAAUAACUAUACGAUAUAUAAGCAUAAAUAUAAUCAUAAGUAUGUAAUAACUAUAUGAAAUUGGAUACAAUCAAAGGGAACAUUAGGACAGGAACAGUAGGCACAUUGGUGCUCUUAUGCACACCCUUUACAGACCUCUUAGGAAUGGGGUGAGGUCAAUAGUAGUAGGGGGUACAUGUUCUCCACACUGAUUGCAUUUAAAUUUCUAAAAUCAACACAGAGACGUUUGGAGCCAUCUUUUUUUAUAACACUGGAGCUGUGAUUUUUGGUCAGGCUGGUUUGAUGAAACCCCUUGCUAGGUUUUUCUCAAUAAAUGCUUUCAGGUCUUCCAGCUCCCUCAGGAGCAUGCUGUACAUCUUGGGUUUAGGGCGUUUAGCUCUGGGUAAGAUUUCUAUAGCAAAGUGAGUGGUGCAGAGGGGGAAAAACUCAUCUGAGGCUUUCUCGCUAAAAACUUCAGCAAAAUCCUGGAAUUCUGUGGGUAUGCCCUCGGUUGGCAUGGCGUGACCAGGCAUAGCUGUUUCUCAGUGCUCUGUCCCCUCAGUUUCUUUAUGUGGAUUCUCAGCAAAAGUCACGUGCAUCUGAAAUUUUAUGAUGCCUUGCUUCCAAUUAAUUAAAUAUAAGGGGUUCCAUUUUUUCAGCCCUGCAAGGCCCAAGACUAACGGCCAUUCCAUGCCAGGUGCCACUAUAAAUAUAAGUGUUUCCUUGUGGUUCCCGAUGCCUAUUUGUAGAGGUUCAGUGGCAAAAGAAGCUGCCUCCCCCACUAUUGACCCAUCUAGUUGGCAGAAAGCAAUGGGGUUUUUCAGCUUUCUUACAUUAAUCCUCAACUUCUCUACUAGGAUUGGGCUGAUCAAGCAGCGGGUGCACCCUGAGUCCACUAAAGUGGAGAUAUUAAUCUCCCUGUCCCAGUUUGGGAUAAAUAGUCUUAAGGGGAGGGUAAGCGGUUUAACUGCUUUGCUUACUAGAGGUUCAUCUUCUGGACUGCUUCCAAAUGAGUUUGAUUCCUCCUGCUGAGAUGCCAGAGUUUCCUCCCCAAAGGGAGGGGGAUGGAAAUUCUGCAAUCUCCCUGCUCCUCAGGAUAGUCUCCUUCCUGCGCUGGCUGGGUUUCACAAGUUUCCCCCCCACUGGGUGUUUCUGGGUGGGUGUUUGCAAAUGACACUCUGCAGAUCGGUGCCCCUCUUUUCCACACUUGAAACAGGCUGAGGAUUUCAAAGAAAAUGCAGUUUGUGGUUUGAGGGGCUCUUGCUUCAAUUGGGGUGGGGAUUUCUUCCAUACUCACCCCGCUCGGUACUGGUUUCUGGCCAUAUCAAUCUCAGCUUCUUCGGCUGUGAUGUAGGUGAUUCAGUGCACCUUGGACAUUGUAUAGAUCAUCACUCAGCCCAUCCUUGAAAAAGCUCACCAAAAUAUCCUCUGGCCAGUUCACACGACACACAAGGUCCCGGAAUUCUAUAGUAUAAUCUGCUAUUGGCCAUCGCCCCUGCUUCACCACCUUAAUGCAGUCAUGGGCUUUGUGAUUUAUGAGGGGGUCCUCAAACCAUCAUCAUAGGGCCAUCAUGAACCGGCCAAAAUCCUGCAGUUCUGGUGCAUCGGCGUUAUGCAGGGUCACCAUCCAUCUGGCAGUGGCUCCCUCCAGGGCUAGGGUCACAACUCCCACUCGGGAUCCUUGGGUUUGGAAAUCAUGCCCGUACUCUUGCAUGUAGGUGAGCAUGUCUGCCACAAAGAAUCCUAAUUGUUGUGGAUCCCCAUCAAACUUCAUCCCAAGGGAGCAAGUUUCUAUUUCCAGUUGUGGAGCUCAGGGCUGGUUAGGGAUGUGUGCCAGUGUGCUUGCUGCCCAAAGGGGAGGGGUGUGCUGGGUCUUCUGCCACUGCUGCUGCACCAUCUGCUCAAUUGGCAGGCUCCAGAGUGGGGUGCCCCCCUGACAUCAUCCAUGGUUGCUGCCCUUUCAGUGCUCCUUGGCUGUCGUGCUGGCUUCCCUUGGAUGUUGAGAUUUUCCAAAGUUUCCAUCACAGGUUGGGUUAUAUGCCUCUUCAGACAAUCCUCCCUCAGUGGUGCUUCGGUUAGUUCCCCUGGUCAGCGAGGGCUUCUAGCUCCAGUUUCCACCCCGGUUUUCGGUUACCGUGGCUGAAGGUGACUCCUCUGGUUCUCUCAUCCCAGCUACAUCCCCAAAGGUAAGGAGAUGUCAGAGCAUGUCAGCGCUAGAAUAUAGGUUGUAAAAUAUCUGUUGACACAGGCAAUGCUAAUAAAUAGAAUCCAAGCCCACCCCCUUUCUCCCAAUUGAAUAGCAGUAUCACUUUUAGGGAUCUGACAGAUUGUGUAUUGUGUAUCUUGGCAACUUUAAGAUGCUGACUUGGGAAUUCUGGGAAUUGAGGUCCACAUAUCGUAACCUUGCCAAGGUUGAAAAGCACUAUAUAACAGAAUAACAGAGUUGGAAGAGACUUUUGAGAUUUUCUUGUCCAACCCCUUCUAGAGCAGUUCUAGAAGACCCUAUACCAUUUCAGACAAAUGGCUGUCCAAUCUCUUAAAAGCCUCCAGUGAUAGAGUACCCACAGUUUCUGGAGGCAAGUUGUUCAACUGAUUAAUUGUUCUAACUGUCAGGAAAUUUCUAGUUCUAGUUUGGAUCUCUCUUUGAUGAUGUUUCACCUGCUACUUUUUGUCCUGCCUUCAGGUGGUUUGGGGAAUAUGUUAACUCUCUCUUCUUUUUGGCAGCCCCUCAAAUAUUGAAAUACUACUAUCAUGUUACCCCAGUCCUGUUUUUCAUUAGAUUAGACAUACCCAGUUCCUGCAACCAUUCUUCAUAUGUUUCAACCUCCAGUCCCCUGAUUACCUUUUUUGCUCUUUGAACUCUUGAGUCUCAACAUUUUUUAAUAUCAUGAAACCAAAACUGGAUACAAUAUUUUAAAUAUGGUCUUAUAAAGGUAUUAUAAUUAUAAAGGUAUUAUAAAGUGAUACUUCACCAGGGGUGAAAUGUAUUUUUUUUUUACUACCGGUUCUGUGGGCGUGGCUUGGUGGGAGUAAUGUGACUGGGUGGGGGUGGCCAACUUUUUAUUUUUACUUUUAAAAGCAUUUUUUUACAACCUCUUCAGCUGAAGGGUUUGUAGAAAAAAUGCUUUGAAAAGGUUCUGAUGAUCCCAGGUGAGUUGCCUGAUCGCCAGAACCCUUUCAAAGCAUUUUUUACAGCCUCUUCAGCCAAAGAGCUUAUAGAAAAAAUGCUUUGAAAGGGUUCUGACAAUCCCAGUUGAGCCGCGCCCCCUUUUUUUUUUUACUUUUAAAAGUGUUUUUUCGGCCAAAGAAAAAAUGCUUUUAAAAGUAAAAAAAACCUCUGAUGAUCGCGCGGCUCAGCUGGGCAUGUGGGGGGCAGGGAUUUUUGCUACCGGUUCUCCGAACCAUCUAGCACCAUCACUACCGGAUCGGGCGAUCCUGUCUGAACUGGAGCAUUUCACCCAUGUACUUCACAUGUUCUUGAUUCUAUCCAUCUAUUCAUGCAGCCUAGGAUUGUGUUAAUGUUUUUGGCAGCUGCAGCACACUGCUGGCUCAUAUUUAAGUGGUUGUCCACUAGGAUUCCUAAAUGCCUCUCACAGUUACUACUAUUGAGCCAGAUACCACUUGUUCUAUAAGUGCACAUUUGGUUUUUCUUGCCUAAGUGUAAAACCUUAAUUUUUUAAAUUUAAAUACAGUAAAUCGUAGGAAUCCUGAUAUUUUUAUU